ACUGCAUGUGGGGCAUCCUGGACCUGCACCACCUCGUGCGGGCCAACCGACCCUCAGGACAGGACCUGAGCCGCAGGGCUGCUCCCCGCCCCAAGCCUCCUGGAGGGGGCAGGGCUGCAGUUAAUAAUUACGGCUGCCCAGCCGGUCUCGGAGAUAGAUAGGGGCCAUCCAGGCACCGCCCUGCCACCGGCUCCUGCGGGGACAGAUAGCAAAGGUUACCGCGGCUCCGGAGGGACCCUCGGCUGCCGGUAUGGCUGCCUCUGAGGAGCCCCCCGGCUGCCCCGCGUGCGGGCCGUGCCCUGUGUUCCUGGCCAUGCGCUCGGGCGCCGUCCGCUAUGCCCCGGCGGGCCUGUGCCCUGUGCUGCAAGGGACCUCGGGAGAGGAGUCCUGGGGCGCAGAGAGCCUGCCUCAGCCAGACCAGGGCCUCCGGCCUCCCCUCUCCACUGUCCCAGGGCCCUGGAAGGGCGUGGACCCCAGCAGAGGCCACUGGCAGGCCCCUGGGCCCCCUGCCCAGGCCACUGUGGAGGGGGAGCCCCCUGGGGUCCAGGCUGCAGCCGCCACCCCGCUGGACGUGUCACGCCUGCGCAGCUCCUCCAUGGAGAUCCGCGAGAAGGGUGCAGAGUUCCUUCGGGAGGAGCUGCGGAGAGCCCAGAAGGAGCUGAAGCUGAAGGAUGCAGAGUGCGAGAGGCUGAGCCGCGUGCGGGAGCAGCUGGAGCGGGAGCUGGAGGAGCUGACGGCCAGCCUGUUCGAGGAGGCACACAAGAUGGUUCGAGAGGCCAACGUGAAGCAGGCGGCCUCAGAGAAGCAGCUGAAGGAGGCCCGGGGCAAGAUCGACAUGCUCCAGGCGGAGGUGACCGCCCUGAAGACCCUGGUUAUCACAUCCACGCCAGCCUCCCCCAACCACGAGCUGCACCCGCAGCUGCAGAGCCCGACCAAGGCUGGGCCCCGCAAGGGACACUCGCGGCACAAGAGCUCCAGCAGCGCCAUGUGCCCUGCUGCAGGACACGGCCUCCCGCAGGACAAGGAGGGCAGGGAGGUGGACUCCACGCUGUUCGCAGAGUUCCAGGCCUGGCGGGCGGCGCCCACGCUGGACAAGGCCUGCCCCUUCUUGGACAGGGUGCACCGCGAGGACGUGGGCCCCUGCCUGGACUUCGCCAUGCGCGAGCUCUCAGCGCUGGUGCGGGGCGCCGUGGAGGACAACACGCUCACCAUCGAGCCCGUGGCCUCACACUCGCAGCCCGGCACAAGGCCCGCCACGGAGUGUGUCCGCACCAGCACGUGCGCCCUGAGCGGGCUGAGCAGAACUUGCCGCCACCGCAUCCGGCUGGGGGACUCCGAGAGCCACUACUGCAUCUCACCGUCCUCCCGGGCCAGGAUUACGGCGGUGUGCAACUUCUUCACCUACAUCCGCUACAUCCAGCAGGGCCUGGUGCGGCAGGAUGUGGAACCGAUGUUCUGGGAGGUCACAAGGCUGCGGAAGGAGAUGUCGCUGGCCAAGCUGGGCUUCUUCCCCCAGGAGGCCUAGGGCGCAGCCGGCCUGGAGCAGCACCUGCCUCAGGGCAGCUAGCCCUGAGCCACAGCUGCAAGGAGGGACCAACGCCCACCCUGGAUGGACGCAAGGACAGGCGGCCCUGGAGCUCCGAGCUGAGCCUUCCACACCCCGCCAGGCAGUGCACAGGUGCAUCUCCAGAGAGCACCAUGGACCGAAGCACGGGGCUCC